AAUCCGUGACUAACUUUUGCAAAACUCACUAGAUCUUUAUUUUAUUGAUAUAUUAACUUUUAUAUUAUCACAACUUGUAAAUUAAAUAGAACUUUAUCUUUCUUUUUUUAAUAAUUGACGAUUAAAUCACAGUUUUAACGGUGCACAACCUCAAAAACACCUCACCGAAGUAUCACAGCGCGUACACUACUACUACUUUACUUUACUACUAAAAGGAGCAAGGAGUUACAACUAUAACCUAAAGUGAAGAAUAUAACAACUAAUAAACUAAAGAAUAAUAUUUAUCAACAAAAUUUUAAAAAUACAUUUCUUUUCAUUUAUCAGGAGUGAAUAUUAAGCAAUGAUUAAAAGAGAAUAAUCAGUUGAUAUGGUAUAAUUAUGUCAUAACGCAUGCGUGGAAUUCCAAGAAGAUAAUUGUUUUUCAAACAGGUUUAAGUUAAAACCCAAAGUGAAGGAAAUAUACAAAAAAUAUCUUUGAAAUGGAGAGGAAAGAGAAGUUAUUUUUAAGCGAAAAUAUACUUUUUGAAGACGAUUUUUUAAACGGAGGUGUUUUAGUUGAUUUUAACGGAAAAAUUAAAAAUAUUUUAUCAAAAUGCGAUAUUGAAAGAAACGAUUACUUACAAAAUUCGAGCAUACAGAUUUUUGAUUUUGAUUCAAAAGUUUUAAUGCCUGGAAUAAUAGAUACACACGUUCACAUCAACGAACCAGGAAGAACUGAUUGGGAAGGUUUUGAAACGGCCACGAAAGCUGCUGCAGCGGGUGGGAUAACAACAAUAAUAGAUAUGCCAUUAAAUUCGAUUCCACCAACAACAACUUUAAAAAAUUUAAAAACCAAAUUAGAUGCAGCAAAAAAUCAAAUUUGGGUCGAUGUCGGUUUUUGGGGUGGUGUUGUUCCUGGAAAUGAGAAUGAGCUUUUAAAUAUGAUUAAAGCCGGAGUUGUUGGUUUCAAAUGCUUUUUAACCCCUUCCGGAGUUGACGAAUUCGAAUACGUUCGAAAGGAAGACGUAGAAAAAACGAUUAAAAUUUUAGAGAAUACUGGUUCCGUUUUGGCAUUUCACGCGGAGUUCGAAGAGAACGAUAUCUGCGAAGGUGACCCAACGAAAUACGAAACGUUUUUAAAAACACGACCAGAGAAAAUGGAAGAACACGCUAUAAAGUUUAUCGUUGAUUUAUCAAGAAGAUAUAACACUAAACUUCAUAUAGUUCAUCUCUCCACUGCAACUUGUCUCGAAACGAUUCAAAAAGCAAAGUUAAAAGGGAAUUUAACUGUUGAAACAUGUCACCAUUAUUUAACGUUUAAUUCUGAGAAUAUUCCCGAUAAGGCAACUGAAUAUAAAUGUUGCCCGCCGAUUAGAACUAAGGAGAAUAAAGAAAAAUUGUGGAUAAUUGGAUUAGGUGAUGAUAUUAUUGAUAUGGUUGUUUCUGAUCAUUCUCCUUCGACGCCUGAUUUAAAAAAGGGUGGAAAUUUUUUAACCGCUUGGGGUGGGAUAUCUUCAUUACAAUUUGGUCUUUCUUUAUUUUGGACCGAAUUAAAUAAAAGGAAUAAAAAGAUAUUUGAAAUUAGCAAGUAUAUGAGCCAAAAUACGUCAAAGCUAGUUGGGUUGCAUAAUAAGAAGGGGAAAAUUAACGUUGGAUUUGAUGCCGAUUUCGUUAUUUGGGAUCCAAAUGAUUUUAUAACGAUUGUGGAGGAACAAAUUUUCCAUAAAAACAAAAUAACACCAUAUUUAGGUAUGAAAUUGAAAGGAAAGGUUUUUGCUACCGUUGUUAGAGGGGAAAUUGUUUAUAAAGAUGGAAUAUUUUGCGAUACAAAAAUCGGUAAAUUAUUAAUUAAUGAAAAGAUAUUUGGUGAAAUAUAAAAUAAACAUUUGCGUUUAUAUUAAA